AUGUCAAACAGCCCAACAACGCCCCCCGGCGCAACACAACAAGUGCCUCAACAAGACCAACAAACACAAUCACACCCCUCCGCCGACCAGCUCCCGUUUCACGGCACCCACCCAGUCUACCACUACACGGCACUCGGCGUGGCCGGGCUCGGCCUGCUGGCGCUGGCCCUGCCGCCGCGCAACUGGGGCUUUCGCAGCACGCUGCUCAGCUCCUCCGUCUUCAUCUCGUCCAACCAGCUCGCCCACGACUACACGGGCCGAUCCUUCGUCCAGCGCUGGGGCGAGCGCAGCGAGAAGCUCGAGGCCGCUAUAACCAGCGGCGAUUCGGACGAGAGGCGCCGCAUAAAGGAGGCCAUACGCGCCGAGAAGCUCCGGAGGCGGGAGGGCCUGCCCGAGGAGGAGCGCAGGCGGCUCGAGGCGCUGGACCGGGCCAAGGACAAGAGCAAGAGCUCAUGGUUUAGGGAGUGGGACGAGAAGGAGAAGCAGGCCCUGGCUGAUGGGAGGGGCUACGGUGGCUUGAUCAUGGACACCGUCAAGGAGGCCUUUGGCGUCGAGGAGGAGAAGCCGCCUGCGGCCGACGCCAACAAGGCCAAGGAGGGCGCGGACAAAAGGCCGGAUGUUACGAAGUGA